GCCAUGGCGACCCGACGCCGUGGACAUGCCGCGCUUGCGAGCCUUCUUUGCCAGCCGUGAGGCAAACCUUCCGAGCAAGUCGGAAGCAGACCUGCCUGAAAAGCCAACAUCUGCCCAUGCAGAUGUACAGGAUGAGGUGACUGAUGGAGGACACCAAGUGGCCAGCAAGGCUGCAGAUUCCGAGAGUGACUCGGGCGAUUCCUGGCCUCCCUUGGACGCAGGUGACGAAGCUCGAGAAGGUGACAGAGCGGAUCUGAACAGUGACUCGGGCGAUUCCUGGCCUCCCUUGGACGCAGGUGACGAAGCUCGAGAAGGUGACAGAGCGGAUCUGAACAGCUGCGAGAAGUUGGAGGCAGACCUGCCUGAGCUUGCGACAGAUGUUGCAGAUGUCGCAGAUGUCCCACUAAGUGAUGGAGGACACCAAGUGGCCAGCAAGGCUGCAGAUUCCGAGAGUGACUCCGGCGAAUCUUGGCCUCCCUUGGAUGCAGGCGAAGAAGCUCGAGAAAGUGACAGAGUGGAUCUCAACAGCUGCGAGAAGUUGGAGGUAGACCUGCCUGAGCUUGCGGCAGAUGUUGCAGAUGUCGCAGAUGUCGCAGAUGUCCCACUAAGUGACGGAGGACACCAAGUGGCCAGCAAGGCUGCAGAUUCCGAGAGUGACUCCGGCGAAUCUUGGCCUCCCUUGGAUGCAGGCGAAGAAGCUCGAGAAAGUGACAAAGCGGAUGUCAACAGGGAAGAAGCUCGAGCCAGCGACAGAGCGGAUGUCAACAGUGACUCUGAUGAAUCUUGGCCUCCCUUGGACGCCGUCAACCUGUCAGAGAUGUUGGAGACAGAUGUAGCUGAAGCGCCCACUGUGCCAGACGUAGCCGAAGCACCCACUGUGCCAGACGUUCAAGUCAGCGAUUUGCAAGGUGCCGAAGCACAAGAUGACGGCGCAGAUUCCAACAGUGACUCUGAUGAAUCUUGGCCUCCCUUGGACGCCGUCAACCAGUCAGAGAUGUUGGAGACAGAUGUAGCCGAAGCGCCCAUUGUGCCAGACGUAGCUGAAGCGCCCACUGUGCCAGACGUUCAAGUCAGCGAUUUGCAAGGUGCCGAAGCGCAAGAGGACGGCGCAGAUUCCAACAGUGAGUCGGGUGAUUCCUUGCCUCCCCUGGAGUUCAUACCGAAGUCCGAGCAGGAGAACGUGGAAGUUUUGGGUCCUGGAGACUUGGUGCAGCUGGUGGAUCUCCGGAUGACGGACCUCAACGGAGAGCAGGGCUACAUCCUACGACUCGUUCCAGGACACAAGGAGGAACGCGUCGAGGUCAAGAUGCUUAGCACCGGAAAGAUGCUCUCGGUGAAACGCUCCAACGUCCGCUCCGUGGCCGCGCAGCAGGAGCGCUCCCAGCGCUCCCAGCGCGCCGAGCGCACGCCGCGUUCGCGCUCUGAGCCGCGGCCGCUGCGGAGGGGCGAUGAGGUCGUGGUGCAAGGCUUGACCAAGGCGGUGGAGUACAACGGCCAGCGCGCCCUGGUCACCGAGAUCGUUUCGUCGGCUCCGGGCCGCGUCACGGUGGAACUGCUGCGCUCCGGGCGGCAGAUGUCGCUGCGCCGGGACAAGCUGCGGGUCAUGGUGGAGCUCUCGGAAUCGGAGGACGAGGACGACGAGGAUCUCGCGGAUUUGCCCCCGUUGCGCUGCAUCCGGCCGAAGAUGACUGCGGAGUCCAAGUUUCAGAUCGGACAGAAGGUUUGGUUGCACAUGAAGCAAAAGCCUGAAUACCACGGUCAACAGGUCUUUGUGCUGCCCUCGGAUCCGCUGAAAGGGACCGGGGUCAUGGCCACCGUCCAGCUGUCGAAUGGGAAGAGGAUCAUCACCAAGGAAAGUCAUCUGAAGGAAGAUCCUCCAGAGCCCCUAUCCAAAGGAUCCAAAGGAUCCAAAGUCAAGGGGCGGAAGAAAAGAGAGAUCUGA